AGGUCACAAGCAUAUAUUUAUAUGAAGGGGUACCAAAUGGUGAGUCGCCAUCUAUUGAAAUGUUCAGAAAAAACCCUUAACGAGUCACAUGAACCACGCCGCCAUCAGCGGCGGACACAAUGGUUCUAGGCUGUCCCCAUCGGAUGAGGUGGGACUUGGUGCCCAAGAUCCGAGAGCGAAUACACAAGGCGCUGCGAUGUUUCCGGUCAGAAACCGCCGUGCAGCAUGGAAUGCACGUCACAAGAACCCAAGCGAGUUACGCGAGGCAGAUCAUGAGAAGACUCAGACAUCCAUUCCGUCUUUGAACUAAGCCUUAUGAUCACCCCACGGGCUUGCUACCCCACACUGAGAAUUUCCAAAUGCUAGACAACGUAUAAAAGUUAACUUAUCGGUCAUGCUGCCAGCUUCUAACUCCUCUUUGUUUCGAACUCUGCGACAUGCAAUUCCUUCGGUUUGCCUUUACAGCAGUGCUGGCUGCUGUCGCAGUUGAAGCUUCCUCAUUUACAUGCAAGAACAAGGCCGUCAUCUCAUCUUCUUUCAUCGGGCAGAACUCAGAUGUCCAGGUCGAUACGGUAACCUGCUCGAAUGUCGUUGGCAAGCGCGAUCUUGAAGCGCGCCAGACGAAUGUCUGCGCCGCAACCUGUACUACCAACUGCUUUACUCCAUCCGGUGGUGGUCCAAACCCUAACGAUUGUCAAGUCAUCUCGGAUGCUCUCUUGUAUGAUAGUCAGAAUAUCGGAGCACUUUUUAAUAUUGCAAGUGGAACCACUAUCUAUAUGCAGUACUCCACUUGCCAGACGUUCUUCGUGAACCAGGCCAGCUACAACGAGACGUACUGCAGAACCAACUGGGCUAACGUCGUCGAAUAUGUUGCAUUCAACUGUCAGUCAACACAGAAUGCUCAUGGCGGCAAUUGUGUCCCUCCUGAUCAGACCUGGUUUGUCCAAGUGCAGACAGCACCCUGAAACUGGGUUGUAAAAACCUUGUUUACGGGUUAAAAUUUAGUCAUGCUUGUGCUUUAUUUAUCUGUCCUCGGGCGAUUCUCAUGAAUUACAUAUACGCUUUAGACCAGUGUCGUGUGUGCUG